UUAGUAAUCAAACUGACAAAAACAUGACAGCGACGGUGUAAAAGGAACUGCGCAUGCGCAUUGCAAUCACAAAGUGUCUGGCUGUUGGCGGGAAUAACAAAAACAACAUUUCUGACAGAAGAGCUGCUUUUGAUUGAAUUUAAGAAAAUGUCCAAGAAAAAAGGCUUAAGUCUGGAGGAGAAACGAAGCCGGAUGAUGGAGAUAUUCUUUGAAACGAAAGACGUGUUUCAGCUGAAGGACAUUGAAAAAAUUGCCCCAAAAACCAAAGGAAUCACCCCCAUGUCGGUGAAAGAAGUGCUGCAGAGCCUGGUGGACGACAACAUGGUGGACUCGGAGAGAGUCGGAACCUCCAACUAUUUCUGGGCUUUUCCCAGUAAAGCUCUUCACGCCCGCAAACGCAAACUGGAGGAUCUGGAGAAACUGCAUGAGGACGGAAAGCAGCGGCGAGCAGCUCUUCAGCAGGCCGUCAAAAAAGCCAAAGAGGGACGACAAGAUACUGAGGAGAGAGCGUCUCUUCAUAAAGAGCUCGUGUCUCUGAGAGAGCAGAGAGAAACCCUGCAUGCCGAGCUGCAGAAAUAUAAAGAGUGUGAUCCAGAAGUUGUGGAGGAAAUGCAUUCCUGUUCUUGGCUGCAGGAGUGGAACCCAGUGUGAUCAUCUGCUGUUACAUGCUGAGAUGCUUUUCUGCUCACCACAGUUACGAGUUGCUAUAUCCUUCCUGGCAAAAAAGCUCGAACUAAUCUGGCCAUUUUCCUCUGAUUUUUCCUCUGCCUUCUCUUAUCAACAAGACGUUUCCCCCUACAGAACUGUCGCUCACUUGAUGGUUUUUGUUUUUUGCACCAUUCUGUGUAAACUCUAGAGCAGGGCUUUUCAAAGUGUGGGGCGCGCCUCCCCUAGGGGGCGCCAGAGUUCUUCAGGAGGUUCGCAAUGUGAGGAAAAAUAAACCAGAAUAAGUUACUAUUGCGGACAUUUAGCAAACUUCAGCUAGCCUUUGCCAGAGACAAAAUGGAUUGAUUUUUAGUACCUAAAGCUACAGUGAGUGAGGAGACAGAGUCUGGGCCAAUCAAAAAAAGAAGGAAGUAUGAGCACGAUUAUUUAAAGUUUGGAUUUUCUUGGACUGGAUCUGAAGAUGCUCCACUGCCACAGUGUGUUGUCUGCCAAGAGGUGCUAGCUAACGAUGCUAUGAGAUGUUUAAAAUGUGUAAAACAAGAUGUUUUUUUUUUAAAAAGAUGUUUUAAAAAGCACAGAUGUUUAAAAUGUGUAAAAAAAAAAAGAUGUUUUCAAAAAGCACAGAUGUUUAAAAUGUGUAAAAGAAAAAAAUAAAAAUGUGUACAACAAUUUUUUUAAAAUACGAAUGGAACAUUAAGUAUAGCAACAACAAAAAUUGUGUGUGUGUGUGGGGGGGCGCUGUUGUUUAUUUGCUCUCUGAGGGGGGGCUGACUCUCCCACACUUUGAAAACCCCUGCUCUAGAGACUAUUGUGUGUGUGUGUGAUUUGUAUGCAUUGUGCUGCUGUCAAGGGAUUGCCUGAUUAGACAAGAGUCAUCAGGAGAUGACGUAUCCCCCCGGCACGGUGGUGUAGUGGUUAGCACUGUUGCCUCACAGCAAGAAGGUCCGGGUUCGAGCCCCGUGGCCGGCGAGGGCCUUUCUAUGUGGAGUUUGCAUGUUCUCCCCGUGUCCACGUGGGUUUCCUCCGGGUGCUCCGGUUUCCCCCACAGUCCAAAGACAUGCAGGUUAGGUUAACUGGUGACUCUAAAUUGACCGUAGGUGUGAAUGUGAGUGUGAAUGGUUGUCUGUGUCUAUGGCCAAGUUUACAUUAGACCGUAUCAGCGGAUCAUCAGAUUAAGGUUUUUAAACGAUUAGUGUGCACACAGCAACACCAAUACACGGAUACGCUCGGCUCUGCAGGCAUCCUGCGCUCCAAAUCACUCCGCCCUGAACAGCGAGUGCCCUCUGGAGGGUGCGCACUCCGGCCCUGCGCAGCUCACAGAGCGCGCGAGUGAAGUGCACAAGCCACGAUUCAGGACUGAGCCGCUGUGUGUGUGAUCCCAGCGCAUAUCACUUACCACUUGCAAGUGGAAGGAUGGCAAGCCUAAAGACAAUCAUAACUACACAAUGGGCAGUAUUUGCAUCAGUAUUUGCAGUAUUUUCAUACUUUUAUACUCUUUAAUGAAAGGUGAUACAAGGCGGAAGUUCGCGCCGUUUUUCAGCAGUCGCGUCACAUGACCAACGCCAGCGAAUCAGGAAGGUGGAUGUCACAGUGACGUUGUCCAAUGACGACGCCAGCUAGAGCUCAGCACAGCGUAUCCGUGUACUCUGAAUGUUUACACAGCACCGGACCAGACACGAUCUGGAUUGAAUACGUGGACCCUGGCGGAUUCCCGUUUUCCGGCGUUUCCAGGCGGUUUAAUGUAAACGGACAGUGCAUCCGCGAAGAAAACGAGACAGAUACGGUCUAAUGUAAACUUGGCCUAUGUGUCAGCCCUGUGAUGACCUGGCGACUUGUCCAGGGUGUGCCCCGCCUUUCGCCCGUAGUCAGGUGGGAUAGGCUCCAGCUUGCCUGCGACCCUGUAGAACAGGAUAAAGCGGCUACAGAUAAUGGUUGGAUGGAUGAGUUGGUUGCCAUGGAAAUACAGGAAAAAAUAAAAAUCACAAAAUGUCAGAAGGCACAACUCCUCGAGUCACUUAACAUAACUGUCAGGUUUCAUGAAAAAAUUCCUACUAGUUUUUUAGUUAUGCUCCGGAAACUAAAAUGUUUACAGAUGGACAGAGUGAUAGCUAUAUCCCCCAGCAUUAUAUGCUGGGUGUCAGGUACACGAGGGAGGCGGAUGUACGUGCAGAAGUGUUCAGUUUAAUAAAAUGUAUCUAUAAACACAAAUGCACACAAAGGCAAACAGUCCAAAUCGGCAGGUUAUAUCAGAGACGUGAAAACAGGCAAAGGGUCGGUUGAGGCGCAAACAGAACGUAGAAGGCUAAGCGAGAACAAUAACAAGAAACAGGCCAAAGAAUCAAGAAACCAGGAAAACAAGAACACGGGUAGAAAGGCUCGGUAAUGCGUACUUAACGUAGCGUAAUACUUCGCGAUGCACUAGCAUCAGCACAGUCCUUAAAUAGGUAAACACGUAGUUCUCUAAUUGAGUUCAGGGGUGCCUUUGUUCACGGCGCGCAUGCUGGCGUCCACCCGGCGCGCACGCAGCCCGAGGCGCACCUUCAGGCGCACGCGCCACAGUGCGCACUGCGCAGGCCUGACACCGG